UUCCAUGCGGGUGGCAGCGAUCAUAGCUCGCGCGGCUCUAGGGACUCCUUACGUCUGGAGCGCGGCGGCUGCUGCUGCUGCUGCAGGGGAAGUCGCUGCUUCGUUGCCUGGGCCGCGCUCUCUGAAACCCGAGUCCGAGCGCCAGGCGGACCCCGGAAAUAGCUUGAUUAGCCUUGUGCUUGAUGUGCUUCUGCGAAGUGGAAAGAGAAUAAAACGUUUCCGAGAAGAAUGUCUGCCCCUAGCUGGAAACCAUUUGUGUAUGGAGGUUUGGCCUCUAUCACUGCUGAAUGUGGUACUUUUCCAAUUGACUUAACAAAGACACGUCUCCAGAUUCAGGGACAGACAAAUGAUGCCAAAUUCAAGGAAAUUCGAUAUCGGGGAAUGUUACAUGCAUUAGUAAGGAUAUGCAGAGAAGAAGGACUGAAAGCAUUGUAUUCUGGGAUUGCCCCUGCGAUGUUACGGCAGGCUUCUUACGGCACAAUAAAGAUAGGUGUUUAUCAGAGCUUGAAGAGAAUGUUUGCUGACCGCCCAGAAGAUGAAACCCUCCUGUUAAAUGUCAUAUGUGGGAUUCUUUCUGGAGUUAUUUCCUCAGCCAUUGCCAAUCCAACAGAUGUUUUGAAAAUAAGAAUGCAGGCCCAAAGCAAUGUGAUUCAAGGAGGAAUGAUAGGCAACUUUAUCAACAUUUACCAGCAAGAGGGAACAAGAGGACUUUGGAAGGGGGUGUCCCUUACUGCGCAGAGAGCUGCCAUUGUUGUUGGAGUGGAAUUACCAGUCUAUGAUAUCACCAAGAAGCAUCUAAUCCUGUCUGGCCUGAUGGGAGAUACUGUCUAUACACACUUUCUGUCCAGUUUUACUUGUGGUUUAGCUGGAGCCCUUGCUUCAAACCCUAUUGAUGUUGUGAGAACACGUAUGAUGAAUCAGAGAGCCUUACGAGAUGGAACAUGUUCUGGUUACAAAAGCACCCUGGAUUGCUUGUUACAGACAUGGAAGAGUGAAGGAUUUUUUGCUUUGUAUAAAGGAUUUUGGCCAAAUUGGUUGAGACUUGGUCCUUGGAAUAUUAUUGUAUCCUUUCCUGUUCCAGUGAAUCUGAAAAAAUAUAAUUGUAAGAAUGCUAUUUUUGAAAUUAUAUUGGUCAUGUUGCUAUGAAUUAUAGUCUUGGCACACAGGGCCUAUUCAUUGUAAUUCUAAACAACAGAGCUGUUAUUUGGUAACCAUAUUCUUUGUGAAUUGCAUUUAGGCUAUGAGCUACUGCAUUUUCACAUAUGAAAUACUAAUUUUGUGUCUUUUUUGAUUUUCUGAAAGAAUUUGAAAGUGCUUUCUCAAAAAGAUUGGUUCUUUGGAGACAUGACUAUGGGAGAAAGUGACAUAAUUAUUAGUGCCUUGAAUUUAUACCAUGUUUAUAGAAAACUUGAGUGAGCCUGAAGAGAAAGGAUCAGAUUGGAAAUCAAAAGACCUGGUUUUGAAUAUGACUCUUCUAUUCCACUAUCUGUGUGACUGUAAACAAGUCAUUUUAUUUAUAGACGCUUCAGUUUCUUCAUCUGUCAAAUGAGAAGGUGUAGAAUAGAUGGUUUCUGAGAAACAUUCUGUCUCUGAAUCUAUAUCUUUAAUUUUUUACCCAUCCCACUCACAUAUAAAAUGCCACUUCUUUUCUUUGUCAGAAGGUCAGAACUCUUGUUUUUACCCAGAUUGUGAUUGCCUUAAUUAAUUGUGUUAAUUUUAUCACAAUCUGACUGAUAUUUUUUCGUUGAAUUGAUAGAUUGUUGGACUGAUUUUUACCUGACUGACAAGUCUGUUACACCCAGCCAAAUAGAAACACACCCAGGAAUUUACCCAGUAGCAUUAUUUCCAAUGCAAAUCUAAUGAAUUCACUUUAGCAAAGCAUUUAUUAAGGGACUACUAUAUACCAGGCAUUGAAACCAGAAGACCACAGGAAAAAGUGAUUGAGCCUAUUGCCUUACAUUUCAUUGUGCAUUUUUAGUUUUUAGAAGGGAGUGAAUUUACCAUGGAACUCACCCAACUCACAAUUAGUUUGAUUUCUCUAUUUUGGUAAAUUUCGUGGGAGGAGGUUUCGUCAAUUCGAAAGAUCAUAUUUUGGCUCUGGGUGGGUAUUGUUUCUUGACUUUAGUUCAUGUUGCAAUUAUCACUUGAUUGUUGCUAUUUUAAAACAGUGGGAGUGACUUUAAAAAUUCCUUUGCUUAUGAUUGUAAGAAACAUUUGUAUUGGAGUCCUCUUUUUUUUUUAAAUGAACAAUAUGGAUAAAUCUCUUUAGAAGUUUGGAAUUUUAAUUACACACAGUGUGAAGCCUGGCUAUAUUAAUGGAUAGUGUAGUGUAUUUUUUUUAAAUUUUAUUUUUUGAAUUGGUAUGUGUAUUUUUUUAAACCUAUAUCUUUUGUCUUAGAAUCACUAAGGUUAAGUGAUUUGCCCAGAGUCACAUAGCUAAGAAGUGUCUGAGACUCUAUUUGAACCCAGGACCUUCUGUCUCUUGGCCUUGCUUUCUACCCAUCCCCUUUCCAGCCACUUAACUGCCCCUAAUGGAUAGUGCAUUAAUGGAGUACAUGGUAAUACCACAUGACAGGCCAAUUUUAGCUUUUAUGUUCUAGAAGCUGAGAAUCUUACCAUGCUGACAUUCCCUUUUUCACAGAAGGGAGAAAGUGAAUGCCUCAUGUGACGUCAGACAAAAUUGGGAUACAGCUUCGUGUUCUGCCUCCCUUUUAUCCUUGGUGCCCAUCCCAGCAGCAGAGGGCUCUUCCCCACCUGCUCCCAUGCCAGGUUUUCGCUCUCUGAAGCAACCUGAUCCUGUAUCUCAUCACUCAGAAUGUAGCUUGUCUGUUACUUAAUCUCAUCAGCUAAUUGGUACGAAUGUGAUAUUGAGAAAAAGCCAGGAGCCUGCUUGCAGGCAGCAUCUGGUUUAACCAGGGCUCACAGGGAAGAGUAGAGAAGGACACCUGGGCAGGCCUACCUACCAAAAGAAGAUUUUUGGGAAAGGGGGCAACCCCUCAGACCACAGCAUUUUUCCUGGGUCCCAACUCCCUCUGUAUCUAGGACUAGCCUGCUGCUGCUCUCUGGCCAAUUCGCAUUUUCACUUUCAUGGGUCGGGUUUCUUUAUUAGAAUCCAGAUGGCGUGACUGUUGGCCUUAACAGACUAUUUUACAGUUCUUUGUGACAUAUGAACAAUUAAAAAAACUGGACUUGUGACAGCUUGUGAUGGCCUCCGACAUCGCUAUGCCAAGGAUGCUAUUUUCAGCUACAGGAAUGCUUUUGGCUUUUUAGUGCUUGACUCAUCACAAAUCUGGAGAUGCAGCAACGGGUCAGAAGUGUCAGCGCAGAAGCGUUCGUCUAGAUCCUUCACACGCAGCUCCCCGAUGACCUGGAAGCACCGAGUUUCAUUCAGAACGUCUCUUCCUAAUAUUUAAGCGCUCCUGGCUAGCAGAUGGAUCAAGGGCAUGUCUUGGCUGCAUUUUGUAGCACUGCGUAGGGGAAAAGGGAGAACUGAGAUAGUAUUUCUUCUUCACAAGAUGACUGUGAUGUAGCUCAGCGUUUAGCUAGAAAUGAUAAGGAAUAGGGAUGGACCUUGUGAUUUCAUUGGCGUAAGUAGCCCCCAGCGAAGGGAACUUCCUCUGUCGGGCCAGGUGAGCAACUUCUCUGCGACUUCGAGAACUGAGAAAUUGACUUGCCUGAGGUCACCAGGAUGUCAGAGGAAAGGCGUGGACCCAGAUCUUCCCGUUUUCCAGGUGGGAACUCUAUCCACCAUCUUAUAUAGGGAAUAUUAGAGUGCUGGGAUGGAGAAGCCAUUCCUAGCUUCUUAAUAGAGUCCCCAAAAUUGUGACUCCUGGACUCCUGGUGACUUUAGCUUGGCAUCAGAAGAGACUUCAGAACUUGAGAACAAUCAGUGGAAACAUUGUCUAGGGAGUGUAUAAUGGAAAUGUUUCUUUAAUUUACUAAAAAACAAACCAACCUUUACCUUCCAUCUACUAUGUAUUGGUUCCAAGACAGAAGAGCAGUAAGGGCUAGGCAAUGAGGGCUAAGUGACUUGGCCAGGGUCAUACAGUUAGGAAGUGUCUGAGGCCAGUUUUGGACCCAGGUCCUUCCAUUUAUAGUCUUGUCUCUCAAUCUAUUGAGUUACCACCCAGCUGCCCCUUUGAAUUCAUUUUAAGCAGAAUGUCUUUUUCACUUCCUAUUCACAAUGAAUGCAAAACUUUCAGAACUUCUUCUGUGGGGCAAAAUGUUAACCAAGUUCUCUUAUUUGUAGCUUCAAAGAAAGUUGCCUUUAAAGGGAGUUACUUCACUGUUUGAAGGGGUGGUAGAUUGGGAGUCCAUAAACCCAGUUUCUGUAUGGCGCCUUGCCACCAAUUUGCUGUAUAAUUUUUUAGGAAAAGCCCAAGAACCUUCUGGUUCUCCCGUUUCCUCAUCUCAAAAAUGGAAGUGGGAAGGCGUAUGGCUAUACUGAAGGUGAAAUGGCAUCUUCCAGUCUCCACCGCUUUAAAUCCUUGUGUUGGAGGAGGUGAAAAUGGAUCCUAUCGUUAUAGGCUGAGGGUUUUACAGCAAACUGUUACUGUAUGGAUUUGUUACGUUUCAAGAGAUGUUACAAUAAGGUGCCUUCCUGGUUGUUUAACCUCGCCACCAUUUCUCAGUACUUUCUUCCAGCAGGCUGAAAGGAAUAUUGAGUUGUUUGUUUUAUUUGCCAAAUGCCAAAGAUUUUCAAUUUUAUGAAGCAGAGUCUGAUUACCAAAAAGAGAACCUAACGCAGGAUGACUUAAAAAAAAAAAGACAAAAGCACUUGUGUUAGGUGCCAGUUUCUUUGGUGAUUUCUCUCUGGAUGGUAACAAAGGAUCACUAAUUUUUUUUUUUUUAACAUUUAACAUUUAACAAAUAAAGGAAAGGCCCUAGACCUCUUGUUACUGUUAACAAACUGUCUCAAAAUGCUGUAUUUUGUUACUUUACCAGACAUUCCACCAAUAUGGUUUAAAUCAAAAGAUUGAUUUCUUUAAACUUCAAAGAUUUUUGUUUUCAUAUUAACCACUCACUGAUGGUUUCUUUUUUGGAUUGCACAAGACACUUUAUUUUUUUUAAAGGUGUAUAUAUUUUCCAAAACAUAGACAAGUUUGUUUUUAAGACCAUUUAUAAAAUGUUGUAACUUUUACCCUAUCUAUUUAUCCAUUUUUCUAUUUUCAUACUAUUUGUAUGUAAAGUUCAUACAAGAAUGUAAAUUUGAAGGAAUUGAGUUAAAUGAGUUCUAAAGCCCUUCCUACUCUAACUUUCAAUGGUUUAAAUCAAAAUCAUUUUAAAAAAGACUUUUUUAAAAAAGAAUGUACCAGCAGUUCUUAAGGGCUUAGUUAUUCAGUCUCAUGAAGGACUUGAUUUGACUAGUUUUAGGCCUUAGAAUGAUAAAUGGCAAUUUUAGAAGAUUCUAGUCAGAAAAAGGCUGAGGAAUUGGGAGCAUACUCCUUCCCACUUGUAUGUUUUAAGAUACAGCUUAAGCCUUCUCCCUCCCCCUACUUUUGAAUAUGUUUUUGUAGUUUGAAAAGGAAAAUUUGAUGGUUUAAAAGUUGUUUCCCCUGUAGCUUCUAUAACCAAGUCACUAAAAAAUGUUUAUUGUUUGCACAUGAAUUCAUUUAGCCUUUGAUGUUAAAAGUUGCCAGUCACUAUUAAGAGAAAUGUUUCCUGCUUAUUAUAUUUAUUUGUAAGUUCAAAUUGCAGAGCUUUAUGUAAAAAUGUAAUUUUCUUAAGUUUUUCUGCUUUCAGCUUUUUAUUUAAAUAUUGCCAAGAUGUACAGACACAAACCUUUUGUUUAAUAAACUGGAGUAAUUAAUAAAGAUGAAAAA